CACCGCUCCCCGGAUGGUGGUGAACAGCGCCCCUUCACCUAAUUGAACCAGUGCAACACUAUCAGUCCAAGUGAGGGCAGGUUAGUGGAAGGCGGCUGAUUUCUGACUACUGUCACUACCACUGAUGUUGAUCAGUCUCAUGCCAUCUUCUCUUCACCGUGUCCAAUCCACACGCUGACCGCUGCAAGCAUGACCAGAAUAGGCCUCCACUUCCUCCGCCCCUGCCUCUCAAGAAGCUUCCAGCCCCUCACGAAGCCGGAGUAUACCCGCAUAUACUGCGCAAUUCAGAGGAGAUGCGCUCAGACGACCUCCCACGAUGCAUGUCUCGGGCCCCGCGAUACUGAGAAGCAGAAGCGCCUCGAGCAGCUUAUGAAGAUUCAGCCAGUGCAAGACUAUCAUCCGAGAUUAUCCCAUCCAGCGGGCGUGGAAAAACUGUCUCCACUGGAAUUCGCCUCUAAAUAUGAAGUCACGCAGGAGACGAGCCCCGACCUUGUGUCGGUAUUUGGAAGAGUCCGUUCCGUACGACUAAUGGGUUCCAAAUUAAUUUUCAUCGACAUUGAGAGGAGCAAUCACAAAUUGCAGAUCAUGGUCGAACGCCGAAAACUCACAGGUGCCGGUGAAGAUUACGAGGUUGAGUUCAAAAACUUCAAGCAGACUAUACGAACCGGCGACUGGAUAUCUAUUAGGGGGAACCCAAUGCGAACCUCAACCGGCCAACUCUCUAUUGUUGCCCUCGAUGUUCCUCAUAUCAUUGCUCCCUGCUUACACCAUAUCCCCGAGAGAGUGGAAAAUCAAGAAGUUUUAGUCCGACACCCUCAUCUCAACCAGCUUAUCGACCGCGGACCUGGAGAUAUCUUGAGACUGCGUUCAUUCAUCAACAACUACCUACGUAGCACUUUCUUAGGCCAUGGAUUCAUCGAGGUGGAGACGCCCAUGUUCGACGUCAGCGCAGGAGGCGCCAUCGCUCGACCGUUCCAGACCGUCGCAACCGAAAUGUCGAGUACACCCAUCAAGCUCAGAAUAGCACCGGAGCUAAAUCUCAAGCGACUGAUGGUCGGCGGGCAAGACAAGAUUUUUGAGCUGGGCAGAGUCUUUCGAAACGAAGGUGUGGACAACACACACAACCCAGAAUUCACCAUCUGCGAAUUCUAUGAGGCCGGAGCAACCCUUCAGGACUUAAUACGAAGGACAGAACGGUUGUUUCAAGGUCUUGCGGAAGCAAUUGACCGGCAACGAGAGACUGAGUUCCCGUCAAUUCCAUCCCCACUACAUACGAAGUUUGCAUCCCCUUUUAGGCAGCUUCCUUUCAUCCCAACCAUCGAGAAAGCAACCAACCGCAAACUACCCGACCUUUCCUCGCCCAAUGCUCUGACUGAGCUUCUCAUUCUAUUCAAGGAUUUGCAUAUUCCGUUACCAUCUCUGGCCAAUCUUCCACGUCUUCUCGAUGCCUUGGCCGAGAAAUACAUAGAACCGUUAUGUGAAGAUCCAACUUUCAUCACUAACCAUCCGGAAGCCCUCUCGCCGCUCUCAAAGUCCUUUGUGGACCCGGCGACUAGUCAGCGAGUAGCCUCACGUGUCGAGUUCUUCAUCAACAGCCGCGAAUAUGUCAAUGCUUAUGAAGAGGAGAAUUCUCCCUUUGAACAGCGGCGGAAAUUUCAACAGCAGCUAGGAUUCCAUCCUGACGGCUCCACUACAAUCGAUGAAAGCUACUUAGAGGUAUUGGAGUGGGGAUUGCCUCCAACGGGCGGAUGGGGCUGCGGUGUGGAUAGGCUGGUGAUGUUGUUUGCUGGGAAGAGGAGGAUUGCGGACGUCUUGCCUUUCGGGACACUGAGGAAUGUUGUGUCGAUAUCAAAGAAUGGGCCAAGCGGAAGAGAUGAAUAGAUUUCUAGCAAUGGAGAAAUACCCUUGAUUG